AUGGGUGUGCUUUUGUGGCGGAGUGUGGAAUGGGUGUGCUUUUGUGGCGGAGUGUGGAAUGGGUGUGCUUUUGUGGCGGAGUGUGGAAUGGGUGUGCUUUUGUGGCGGAGUGUGGAAUGGGUGUGCUUUUGUGGCGGAGUGUGGAAUGGGUGUGCUUUUGUGGCGGAGUGUGGAAUGGGUGUGCUUUUGUGGCGGAGUGUGGAAUGGGUGUGCUUUUGUGGCGGAGUGUGGAAUGGGUGUGCUUUUGUGGCGGAGUGUGGAAUGGGUGUGCUUUUGUGGCGGAGUGUGGAAUGGGUGUGCUUUUGUGGCGCAGUGUGGAAUGGGUGUGCUUUUGUGGCGCAGUGUGGAAUGGGUGUGCUUUUGUGGCGCAGUGUGGAAUGGGUGUGCUUUUGUGGCGGAGUGUGGAAUGGGUGUGCUUUUGUGGCGGAGUGUGGAAUGGGUGUGCUUUUGUGGCGGAGUGUGGAAUGGGUGUGCUUUUGUGGCGGAGUGUGGAAUGGGUGUGCUUUUGUGGCGGAGUGUGGAAUGGGUGUGCUUUUGUGGCGGAGUGUGGAAUGGGUGUGCUUUUGUGGCGGAGUGUGGAAUGGGUGUGCUUUUGUGGCGGAGUGUGGAAGGGGUGUGCUUUUGUGGCGGAGUGUGGAAGGGGUGUGCUUUUGUGGCGGAGUGUGGAAGGGGUGUGCUUUUGUGGCGGAGUGUGGAAGGGGUGUGCUUUUGUGGCGGAGUGUGGAAGGGGUGUGCUUUUGUGGCGGAGUGUGGAAGGGGUGUGCUUUUGUGGCGGAGUGUGGAAGGGGUGUGCUUUUGUGGCGGAGUGUGGAAGGGGUGUGCUUUUGUGGCGGAGUGUGGAAGGGGUGUGCUUUUGUGGCGGAGUGUGGAAGGGGUGUGCUUUUGUGGCGGAGUGUGGAAGGGGUGUGCUUUUGUGGCGGAGUGUGGAAGGGGUGUGCUUUUGUGGCGGAGUGUGGAAGGGGUGUGCUUUUGUGGCGGAGUGUGGAAUGGGUGUGCUUUUGUGGCGGAGUGUGGAAGGGGUGUGCUUUUGUGGCGGAGUGUGGAAUGGGUGUGCUUUUGUGGCGGAGUGUGGAAGGGGUGUGCUUUUGUGGCGGAGUGUGGAAGGGGUGUGCUUUUGUGGCGGAGUGUGGAAGGGGUGUGCUUUUGUGGCGGAGUGUGGAAGGGGUGUGCUUUUGUGGCGGAGUGUGGAAGGGGUGUGCUUUUGUGGCGGAGUGUGGAAGGGGUGUGCUUUUGUGGCGGAGUGUGGAAGGGGUGUGCUUUUGUGGCGGAGUGUGGAAGGGGUGUGCUUUUGUGGCGGAGUGUGGAAGGGGUGUGCUUUUGUGGCGGAGUGUGGAAGGGGUGUGCUUUUGUGGCGGAGUGUGGAAGGGGUGUGCUUUUGUGGCGGAGUGUGGAAGGGGUGUGCUUUUGUGGCGGAGUGUGGAAGGGGUGUGCUUUUGUGGCGGAGUGUGGAAGGGGUGUGCUUUUGUGGCGGAGUGUGGAAGGGGUGUGCUUUUGUGGCGGAGUGUGGAAGGGGUGUGCUUUUGUGGCGGAGUGUGGAAUGGGUGUGCUUUUGUGGCGCAGUGUGGAAUGGGUGUGCUUUUGUGGCGCAGUGUGGAAUGGGUGUGCUUUUGUGGCGCAGUGUGGAAUGGGUGUGCUUUUGUGGCGCAGUGUGGAAUGGGUGUGCUUUAG